AUGUCUAUAGCGGGAAUUCUGAUAGAAGAGUUGAAAAAGCUUUGCAUAGAAAAGGCCUGUAAGCAGCCGAUGCAAUCGCAGGACGAGCUUUUGUGCAGAAUGAUAUUAAAUCAGUUUCGAUUUUUGGAGAAUAUCGUCGACGGAUUCGCUUUCAGCACCUCCCUGCUGGGCAUCGUGCCGGUAGCCCCCGGCUGGGUACAACAGGAAAUAUUCGCCUUCCUCCCCGAACUACUCUCUGACGAUCGGUAUGAAGGUGUCGCCCUCCUGCUCCGGGAUAUCAUGCAAGAAAAUGAACAUCUCAUCACGCCCGUUUUGAGGUCGUUAAAUAACAUGACGUUUUCGGAAGAACUCACGCUCCAGGUAAAGGAAAUCGUCUUCAAGUCAUUGAAUUCUUCAGCACCGGAAGCAAUACCCAUGAAAUUGAAGUUUCUUCUUCAGUGCAGGUCACCUUCAGAAGCUGUUGAGGUUGUCGAGCGCCUGAGAGAGGAAUUGAAAUUAUACCCACCUUCGUUUUCUGACCGAAAGUUCGCUGAAUCAGAAAAACAAGACAUGUCGGUACUUGAAAUAUUUAAAGUGAUCGACUCUGCAAUCAAGUACCGCCAGUACAUCGGCGACGCAGUGUGCAAAGUCUUAGACAGAGUAAAGAAUGGAGUUCAACCAAUCGAAUUUGAGGUACUUUCCUUCUUCUAUGCUAACUUUCGUGACGGCACAAAUUAA